AUGCAACAGUCAAUGAUACAUUCCAACAUGCAUCAACAACAACCGGCAUUAUCAGUACAACAACUAUCCGUCAAUGUAACAGCAUCACUUUACUCAUCAAUGAUUAACCCAACAGUAUCUUCCACACCAAUAUCAGCUCAUAACAAGAGAGGUCGCAAUGAUACUAGUGGUUUAUCGGAUUCCAAUAUGCAAGUACGUCCCCAAUACCAUCAGCCUAAUCUUGCGUUUAAUUCGAAUAAUACUCCCAACAAACGGAUUCGUGGAUUCAACCAGCAGCGUAACGAUGGGGCUUAUUUAGGUCGUUAUACACAAAAUCAACCAGCACAAUUGAAUCGAAAUUCUCUGGGAACAAGGGACACGGAGAAACGGAAUAAUAAUAACCAGCAACAACCAUCAGUAGCUACUUGUCGUUUCGCUACAACUCGCUUUCCUUUCUCACCCUUCUCUGUUAUUUUUUCACAAGAAGUUCGUGAGAAGUUGGUCGUUGACGAUUUGAUCAAACACGCACUUGCUCAUCUAAAUGUCGAAUUAAAAACGGUUGCUUAUCGGCGCGGAAGAGCGGGAAAAGACGAAUGCUGUAUCUUGAUAUUUGUGGAGAAUAGUGAAUCGUUUUCGUUCUUGUAUGAUCGUAGUAAUUGGCCUACAGAGCUAGCAGGCUGUCAAUUCACAACAAAAAAUCCUUCGAUUCCUCCACAAUUGGCCCUAGUCUUGCCGACUGUAUCGCUUCAAGUUGAUUGGGAUGAAUUCGUGCAGGAGGUGAAAAGCAAUUAUCCAGGAGUAGAAAAUAUCGUUCGUUUAAAAAAUAAAGCACAGCAACCGGUACGCGCCGUGAAACUGGAGUUUCUAUCGCCUAAAGUACGUGGUGAAAUAUUAGAAGCAGGUGAAAUUGGCAUCAUGCAUAUGAAGUACAAGGUGGUGGAAUAUUUUGCUCAAGCAAACGUCUUAAUUUGUUCCAACUAUUUUGGAAUAGGACAUUUCAGAAAGAACUGUCCACAGAAAGAAGAAUCCACAUGCAAAACCUGUGGUGAAAAAUGCUCGAACUUGAACGAGUACCAAUGUUCUGGUCUUUUAAAAUGUAUACAUUGUGGUUGGCCCCAUACUUCUAAUGAUUCAAAGUGCAAAGUCAUGAAAGACUAUCGAGCUGCUCUCACUCGAAAGCUCCUGGCUAACGUGGUACCAGCAACCGUAGGAGAUACAAGUUCUGAGCGAACACAGUUAAAUAAUCAGCUGUUCAGUUCUACGACUAGUCGUCUGCCUUACUCUACUGUCGAUCAAGCGAUGCCAUCGAACAUGAACGAUUUAAUUGGCAAGAAACUCGAUAGCAUGUUAGCAAAAGUGGAAGAAGAAUUUAACGCAACUCGUCGAUCUAUUGGGGAACUAAAAGAUGAAAUGAGUAUUCGUUAUGACGAAACAAGAAAACAAGGUGAAAACAAUGGAAAAGAAAUUUGA